UUGGCUAAUUCAUCUUCAAGCUUUAAUGGAAGACGUUUCAAUCCAAACCAAGCUCCAAGUUACAUUCACCAAUAAAUCCAUCGUCAAAGCUACCCAUCACUCGUCGGAACCGCGCAUUUUGCAUCUCUCAAAUCUCGAUCUCCUCUCCGGUCGUUUUCCGAUCACAUAUUUCUACUUCUAUCGCCGUCCGAUGACCAACUCCUCCGCCGCCAUCGUCGAUGCUCUCAAAAUCUCCCUCGCAAACACCCUAAAUCAUUACUAUCCAUUCGCUGGUAAAAUUAUCCAAAACGCAACAACUAACGAGCCUGAAAUUAUUUGCGAUAACUCCGGUGCUUUGGUUGUAGAAGCAAAGGCAAAUCUUCGAUUGAACGCCUUGAAUUUUUACGAUCUCAACGAACCUCUCCAAGGAAAACUCGUCACUGUAAAUCCAAAAUUUCCUCUGCAAAUUCAAAUCACGAGUUACACUUGCGGCGGAAUAUCGAUUACGUUCACAUUCGAUCAUGCGCUCGGUGACGCAAGUGCAUUUGGAAAAUUCCUCCUCGCUUGGUCGGAAAUCGCUAGGGGAAAACCAAUUUCUACCGUACCAGAUCAUCGGAGAAACAUUCUCCCUCGAUCGCCUCCGACUUACCAUCCGGAUUUGGACGAUUUGAUGGUGAAAUGCACCAUGGAAGACAUAAAGAAUAUUCCGACAUUGAAGAAGCUAAUCAAGAGACUCUAUUACAUCGAUCGAACGAGCAUCAAUAAACUACAGAAACUCGCGAGUUCAAACGGAGUUAAGAGGACGAAAAUCGAAGCGUUCUCUGCAUAUGUAUGGAAAACGAUGGUUUCCGCCAUGGAAACAGAGCAUUCGAGGUGUAAAAUGGGAUGGUUAGUCGAUGGACGGAGCCGAUUAGGGGGAGAUUGGAACUACAUGUCGGAUUACAUAGGGAACGUCUUGUCGGUUGCGUUUGGGGAGGCAAGUAUUGAGGAACUGAAAUGUAAUUCGUUAUCGAAUAUUGCUGACGUGGUUAAUGAGGCGAUUUCUAAGGCGACGAACAAGGCCCAUUUCUUAGACUUGAUUGAUUGGAUUGAGUGUCAUAGGCCUGGGCUAAUGCUGUCGAGGAUUGUAUUGGGCCUCGGUGGGCCAGGCCUUGUUGUGUCAUCGGGCCAAAGGUUUCCAGUUUCUGAAUUGGACUUUGGGUUUGGAAGCCCAGUGCUUGGGACUGUGGGCUCGACUAUAGAGAGAAUUGGAGUUAGUUAUUUGAAUCAAAGGCCUAGUGCUAAAGGGGAUGGGUCCUGGACUGUGUCUGCUAUUUUGGAGCCUGAAUUGGCUGCUGCUUUGGAGUUGGAUUCUGUGUUUCAACCCAUGACAGCAACUCUCCUUCAGCUUUAAAUGACUUGAGUAUCACAUAGAAAAUCAGAUGAAUUUUA